AUGUUAGAAUGUGACCAGGUUGGGAAAGAUAAUUUUUGCAAGUUAUUGAAACGGUAUGUAAUGCACAAGGCAGUUUCUAUCGAACCCAGCGAAUGCAAUGUCUAUUUCGUUGAUUCGAAUCACGGUGGUGGUGGGAUGUCAGAUCCGCGUGUGCCAUCAUUUGGCAGUCGAGUAUAUUGCUUAAAAGUACCUGAUGGGAAUAUCGAAGAUUUAUCAUAUUAUCGUUCGCUGCGCUAUACCUUUGGUAUUCCUGAAGGCGUUGCAGAAAUGGGUGAUGCAUUGCCACUGCACCGUAAUGUUGACUUGAUGAAUGGGAUAAGGAGCGACAAAGGUUGUUAUGUUGGGCAAGAAACAUCUGCUGUUGCAUUGAGUGCUGCUAAAGUUCGGCAGAGAACAUUACCUUUUACUUCAGAUGGAUUUGUUUCUGGAAAUAUUUCAAAUAGCAGUGGAGAGAGAAUUGGUACGAUUCUCACUUGUCAAGGAAAUAAAGGUCUUGCCGUGGUCAGAGUAACAUCCUUAAAGUUUCCAUCCAAGUUGAAUUGCAGCAAUAGAACUAUAACUGUAUUUAUGCCGCAGUGGUGGCCAAAAGAUCCGUUAAAGCCGAAUAUUGAGAAUCAGAAACAGCAUCAGCAUUCUAGCGAAGAAGAAAGCGAUGUGGACGACGAAAUAAGAUUGGAAAACAAGUUUGCGUUUUUGGGAGAUUCGCCUGAAGAUGAGUCCAAGGGUAAUGAAAAGUUGGAGGUUUGCGUUGAGGAUGUGCAGUCGCACAUUAAAACAACAAAGAAGAAGAAGAAAAAUCAGAAGAGGAAAGAGAAGCGUCAGAACAAUAAAGAAGAGAAGCGUCAGAACAUUAAAGACGAGGAUGAUCUUCUUACGUCUGUAGGGAACAAUGUAGAGACUAUAAACGAUUCUUCUUGCGGAAACCUUGUUUUUGAAAGCGAUGUUUUUAAGGUUGAGACAAGGCUACUCAACGGAGAAGCUGAAUUUCGAAAAAUGGUAGGCCUGAAAGCAAAUGAGCUGCGAAAUCAUCACCAGAAAAGGACGUUUGGCAGAAUAGUGAAAAAGAAAAAUACAUGGCCUGAAUUAAGGAACUUUGGACUUGCUAUGGAACUUGAUCAUGAAGAGCCGGAUGUAUUGUGGUUUAAAUUUGUACACCAUAUGUCAUAUCGUACUUUUCAGCAAGCUUUCUGGGUAUACGCGGAUGCUGUAAAUCAUGAAGGGAUUCAAGGGUCGGUCAUACAUAUGUGGUUUCAGGAAAUUCUUCGCGAAUGUCCCUAUCAUUUAGACAGUCUUCUGGUUAUGGCGGAAAUUAUGAGGCACCAAGAAGAAUAUCAAGUUGCUCGAGAUCUUAUUGAACGAGGUAUAUUUUGUUGUGAGAAUGUAUUUCCUACUCAGUUCGAAUUAAACAAUCAUAAGCAUCGCAUCAGUUACCGAGUAUUUGAAAACAGGGCGUUCUUUUUGCUUCUACAUCGACACAUGCGUAAUAUGCUAGACAGGAGCUGCUUUGUUGCUGCAUUAAAUCUUGCAAAACUUAUUUAUCGCCUGGAUCCUGUUGACGACCCUUUAGCAAUCACCCUUACUAUAGAUACUCUCGCCCUGAAAGCUGGAGAAUAUCGUUAUCUUUUCCAGCUUUACGAAGCUUUGAAAGAUUCACGACGCCUAGAAAAAUUACCGAGUUUUGCCUAUUCGUUAGCUUUAGCUCAUUUUCUUCUAUAUUACACCGACCACGAUAAUGAUGAACUUGGGAGAGCUAACAGCUCUUUAGCAAGUGCUAUAUAUCAUUUCCCUACAGUGCUUAUACAGAUUCUUGACAAGAUUAAUAUUCAACCUGACCGCGAUAUUGAAGAUAACACUUAUAUGAAUAAAAUUGCUCACGAAAGGGAGUCUGAAGGCAUCAAACAUUUAACGGAGGUUUACGUUCAAUUAAGUCACGAUUUGUGGAAGGAAGAUUAUAUUCUGUCUUGGUUAGAAUCUGCAACGCGAGCAGCUGUAAACGGUUUAAGCGAUCAUGUAACUGAAAUUAAAGAAUGGGCUAAAAUAAGGAAAGCUUAUGUUGGGAUACCACGCAAUGUACAGAGGCACGGGUACUUGUGGAAUGUUAUGCAGAAUGCGGAAUGGACUUUAUUUGAUCCAGCACCGCCAUACGAAUCGACUAGCACUUAUGGACCACAAGCAAGACAGCCAUCUGCUCCAGUUUCCCCACUUUGGAGAUUUGUAACUUCAUUAUUGCCCGAAGAAGAUCAGGUUAUUCAACUCAACAGUGUAGUUGGACGGGCGGGAGGAUUAUUUCGUCAAAUGUUUGCCCUACGUUAUACUGGUAACGCCCAACCUCCUGAAGACCCGCCUCAACAACAGUGA